AAAGAAGCAAAGAAAUGUUAAUACAGGAGAACUCUUUUCGCGUGGAAAAAAAGAAGAAAAGCAUAAAACAAAAACAAAAGUACCAAAGCAAAGUCAUAAGACCAAAUCGAAAGUCUAAACUCAAACAAAGUAGACACGUGUACUCAUGGCCCCUUGGUAAAAUUUACAAUGAUAUGCUGAUUGGUGAAGUUUAUUUUUCUUUUGUGCAAUUUUUAUCGAUGAAGUUAAAAGCUAUAGAUCUUCACCUGAAUGAACCACCAUUGCUGAGAUAGAAAGCUAUAAAAUCCUUCAUUUACCACCCCCCCUUUUUUUUUUUCUUUUUGCCUGUUACAGUGUCUCUCGCUCCCGCUCGUUUCCCCAUUCUCCAAGCCAAAGCAAGAUCUUUGCUUUUUGUUUACUUUUGAUUUGAUUUGAUUUAUUUUUAUUUUCUCGCACAAAGCUCUAAUCUUGAUUCAACAACCAUUCACUGAUUUAAAUCACAUAACUCCUAAUUGCCGUUUGUUAUUAAAUCUCGAAAAAAAGGGGUUCCUUUUAUUUUUCAGUUUUUUGGAUUAUAAACAAAAAAAUCCCAUUUUUACGGUGAGAAAAUGGGGAAGGUGGCAGUUGGGGUGGCGGUGGUAUGUGGGGUAGCGGUGGCAGCGGCAGCAGCGGUGGUGGUUCAUCGGAAAAUGAAGAAGUCAGGGAGGUGGAUCAAAGCAAUGGAGUUAGUGACAGAGUUUGAAGAAAAGUGUGCGACCCCGAUUUGGAAGCUGAGACAAGUGGCUGAUGCCAUGACUGUAGAGAUGCAUGCUGGCCUUGCCUCUGAAGGUGGCAGCAAACUCAAGAUGCUCAUCAGCUAUGUUGACAAUUUGCCUACUGGGAAGGAGAAGGGAUUAUUUUAUGCAUUGGACCUUGGUGGCACUAACUUCCGUGUGUUACGAGUGCAAUUGGGAGGGAAGGAUAGUGGUAUUGUCAACCAACAGUUUGAGGAGGUUUCUAUUCCUCCAAGUUUGAUGACAGGAACGUCAGAUGCACUAUUUGACUAUAUUGCCGCAGAACUUGCAAAAUUUGUAGCACAAGAAGGCAUGGAUUUUCAACUUACUCCCGGUAGGCAGAGGGAGCUUGGUUUUACCUUCUCAUUCCCUGUGAUGCAAUCAUCCAUUGCUUCUGGAACCCUUCUUAGGUGGACAAAAGGCUUCUCGAUAGAUGAUGCAGUUGGCCAAGAUGUGGUAGCAGAAUUAACUAAGGCCAUGGAAAGACAAGGUCUUGACAUGCGUGUCUCAGCUUUGGUCAAUGACACCAUUGGAACACUAGCUGGAGGUAGGUAUACUAACAAUGAUGUUGUUGCUGCUGUGAUCCUUGGUACUGGAUCAAAUGCAGCAUAUGUGGAACGUGCACAUGCAAUACCAAAAUGGCAUGGUCUGUUACCCAAGUCAGGAGAGAUGGUUAUCAAUAUGGAGUGGGGUAACUUUAGGUCAGCUCAUCUUCCAUUAACAGAGUAUGACCAUGCACUAGAUGCAGAUAGUUUAAACCCUGGUGAACAGAUUUACGAGAAGUUAAUAUCUGGUAUGUAUUUGGGAGAAAUUGUCCGCAGAGUUCUGUGUAGGAUGGCUGAGGAAGCUGCAUUUUUUGGUGACAUUGUUCCACCAAAACUUAAAGUGCCAUUCAUAUUGAGGACUCCUGUUAUGUCAGCAAUGCAUCAGGACACUUCCCCUGAACUCAAAGUGGUAGCUGAUAAAUUGAAAAAUAUUCUUGAGAUAUCAAAUACCUCUCUGAAGAUGAGAAAAGUGAUUGUUGAGCUUUGCAACAUUGUUGCCACACGUGGGGCACGUCUUUCGGCUGCUGGUGUACUGGGCAUCCUGAAGAAAAUGGGAAGAGACGCAGUCAAGGAAGGGGAGAAACAAAGAACAGUAAUAGCUAUGGAUGGUGGACUAUUUGAGCACUACGAAGAAUACCGCAGGUGCUUGGAGAACAGCCUAAACGAAUUGCUCGGACAAGAGGUAACUGAAACGAUUGUAGUUGAGCAUUCAAAUGAUGGUUCUGGCAUUGGAGCCGCUCUUCUUGCUGCUUCCCAUUCACAGUAUCUCGAAUCGGAUGAGUCCUGAGAUCCGCAAGAACCGGUUCUGCCAUUAUUUUCUAGUUAUUUCUAAGACAAAUUUUUUUCCUGGGGGAUUAGCAUUUUUUUCCUUUCUCAAUUAGUUACUCCAGUACAUUUAUAAUAAAAUCUUUAAACAAGAAUCAGAAUGCAUGAGUAGUGUGUCACCUGCUUGGGAGAAUUUGAGUUUAGCAAUUUUCUUUGACAUUGUGAAAAAAUUUAUCACUGAAUUUUCAUAAAAAUUCUGGUUAUAAACUUAUAACUCAAAAUUUAUCCGAGUAGAGGAGACUUUUGUGACAGAUAACGACACUGCUACGUCAAGGAUUUUAUAGUUGGG